AUGCUGGACACCAUCCGCGGUCGAGUUACACGCGCCUUAUCGUCAGCAACUGGCGGUCGAUGGCACCAGUUCACGCACGUGAGUCCCGACGGAAGCCCGCAGAUGGUCGACAUUGGCUCGAAAAAGGCCACGCGCCGCUCGGCCACUGCUCGUUCGACCGUUCGCUUCCCGCCGGCGGUCUUAGCGGCGCUGCAACAGGGCGGACCCGAGUCGCACUUGGCGAGCGCCAAAGGUCCCAUCGUCACGACCGCUGUGAUCGCCGGGAUCAUGGGCGCCAAGCAGACGAGCGCGCUCGUGCCUUUCUGCCACCCGCUGCCUCUCGAGCACUGCCACGUGCGACUGCACGUGCGCGCGCCCGACGCGAUUGACAUUGAGUGCCGCGUGCAGGUGACGCACCAGACGGGCGUCGAGAUGGAAGCGCUCACUGGGGCGUCGGUCGCUGCGCUGUGUGUCUACGACAUGUGCAAAGCGCUGAGCCACGACAUUGUCAUUGAAGCGACGCGACUUGUGCACAAGACGGGCGGCAAGAGCGACGUCUCGAUGGAUACAGAGAAGGACGACGGACCGUAG